GUGUUUUUUCGCUUCCUAUGUGGCGGGAGUUCAUCCGGAACCAUGACAAGGUUCCAAAGUCCACUUUGGAAGAAGUGGAGAAACAUUUCUCGACGGAGAGCGGAAUUGUAGUGACGACGACGGGUGACGAGUUGGCAAACAACGCAGAGGCGAGCAUCGUCAAAGUGGGAGGUAACGGGAUAGGAGAGAGGCCUCUUGAACGGGAUGGAAACAUAUAAGGAACGUCGAAUCGCCCUCGACGAGAGAAGAAAAAUAGAACUUCACCAACCAAGGCAUUGAGAAGCAUCAGACAGAACCAUCUUCCAAACUUAGACUCUCUUUCACAGUCUCACGACUCUCACUCACUCACUUACACAACAAAAUCACCACUCUUUUCUCAAAUACAACAACCAACAAUGCAUCCCUCCGUCCUCCUCGUCCUCACCUCCGCCCUCCUCGGCACCGCCCACCCAGGCCACCACGAAGAAGAUCACCCCUCCCUCCUCGCCUCUCGCCACGCCCACCACGGCCUCGCCCGCCGCGGCCUCGAAGCCUGCUCCUCCUCCAAAGUCUACCGCGACCUCCAAGCCCGCGCCCUCGUCCGCCGCGCCGACGCAAUCGCCUACCACCGCGCCAUCCGCAAGCGCGCCACCGACAGCGCGGGCGUAGGCCACAACCUCACCUCCUCCCACGUCGGCAUCGACACCUCGUCCCCC